AUGGAGACCCUGCCGACCCGCCGCUCCGCGCCGUCCGUGUCCGCGGCGGCGGCGUGGGCUCCCGCCAACCAGAGCGCAGAGGCCCCCGCGAGCAACGCGUCCACGGCGCGCCCGGGCGCCGCGGCCUUCACGCCGUUCCAGAGCCUGCAGCUGGUGCACCAGCUCAAGGGGCUCAUCGUGCUGCUCUACAGCGUGGUGGUGGUCGUGGGGCUGGUGGGCAACUGCCUGCUGGUGCUGGUGAUCGCGCGCGUGCGGCGGCUGCACAGCGUCACCAACUUCCUCAUCGGCAACCUGGCGCUGUCCGACGUGCUCAUGUGCGCCGCCUGCGUGCCGCUCACCCUGGCCUACGCCUUCGAGCCGCGCGGCUGGGUGUUCGGCGGCGGCCUGUGCCACCUGGUCUUCUUCCUGCAGCCCGUGACGGUGUACGUGUCGGUGUUCACGCUCGCCACCAUCGCCGUGGACCGCUACGUCGUGCUGGUGCACCCGCUGCGCCGGCGCAUGUCGCUGCGCCUGAGCGCCUGCGCCGUGCUGGCCAUCUGGGCGCUGUCGGCCGCGCUGGCCCUGCCCGCCGCGCUGCACACCUACCACCUGGAGCUGCGGCCGCACCGCGUGCGCCUGUGCGAGGAGUUCUGGGGCGCGCAGGAAGGCCAGCGCCGGCUGUACGCGUGGGCGCUGCUGCUGGCCACCUACGUGCUGCCGCUGCUGGUCAUCGUGCUGGCCUACGCGCGCGUGUCGCUCAAGCUCCGCAACCGCGUGGUGCCGGGCUGCGUGACUCGGACCCAGGCGCACCUGGAGCGCGCGCGCCGCCGCCGCACCUUCGGCCUGCUGCUGCUCGUCGUGGUGGUCUUCGCCCUCUGCUGGCUGCCCCUGCACGUCUUCAACCUGCUGCGCGACCUCGACCCGCGCGCCAUCGACCCCUACGCCUUCGGGCUGGUGCAGCUGCUCUGCCACUGGCUGGCCAUGAGCUCGGCCUGCUACAACCCCUUCAUCUACGCCUGGCUGCACGACAGCUUCCGCGACGAACUGCGCAAGAUGUGGCUCGCCUGGCCCCGCAAGGUCGCCCCGCGCGGCCAGAGCAUGACGGUCAGCGUGGUCAUCUGA